UGUCAGGAGGUGUAAACUGUAAACAAUUCAUGAUUUGAAUAUGAAUCCGAAACAGUUUUAGUUCCCAUUUAGUUGUCUGCUAUGAUGAAAUUUCUUAUUGCUAUAGUUCAUACCUAAAAUAUAAGUCAAACCUUUGAUUGUGUUAAUUUUACAAAAUGGUUGAUUUUUUGGCAGAAAACAAUGCUUGUGGGCAAACCCUUUUAAGACUUGUGUCCAGAGGAAAUGCAAUAAUUGCUGAACUCCUCCGUUUAUCUGAUGUUAUACCGCGUGUAUUUCGACUUGAAUUUAAAAAUGAUAUACAAAAAUACAGUGAUGUUUUGUGUGAUUUUAGUUAUUUUAAAAUAACGGAUUUCUAUGAAAAUAAAAUUGAAUCAAAUCCACAAUUGCAAGAUCGAGAUGAAGAAUUUAAGGAAAAUUAUAUUGAUAUUUUGACAAGAUUUUAUUUAGCUUUUGAAAGUGUUCAUAAAUAUAUUACAGAUUUUCAGCACUUUUUGGAAGACUUAGAUGAAGGAAUAUAUAUUCAGCAAACCUUAGAAACUGUUUUGGGCAAUGAAGAUGGUCGACAACUUUUGUGUGAAGCACUUUUCUUAUGUGGUGUUAUUUUGUUAGUUAUUGAUCAGAAGAUUGAAGGAAUUGUUAGGGAAAGAAUGCUAGUUUCAUACUACCGUUACAGUGCUCAAAGAUCGAACAUGGAUUCAAAUCUUGAUGAUGUAUGUAAGCUUUUACGUAGUACAGGCUAUAGUUCUACUCCUGGUGCCAAAAGAAUCCCAAAUUAUCCAGAUGAAUAUUUCAGGAGAGUUCCUUUAAAUUCUACCUUUGUUAGCAUGAUAAUUGGAAGACUGCGAUCAGAUGAUAUAUAUAAUCAGGUGUCUGCUUAUCCUCUUCCUGAGCAUAGAAGUACUGCAUUAUCAACUCAAGCAGCUAUGUUGUAUGUCAUUUUAUAUUUUGACCCAGAUAUUUUACAUAAUCAUCAUGCCAAGAUGAGAGAAAUUGUUGAUAAAUUUUUUCCUGACAAUUGGGUAAUCAGUGUUUAUAUGGGGAUGGUUGUGAAUCUUGUUGAUGCUUGGGAACCAUAUAAAGCAGCCAAGCAAGCAUUAAGCAACACUAUUGAUAUCGCAAAUGUGAAAGAACAGUCCCAAAAGUAUUUUUCUCGUGUUGUGAAGAUGAUACCUCAGUGUGAACAACUUUUAAAAGAAGGUGCUCUUUCUGAAGAAGUUGUUCUGGAUAAUGUGCCAAAACUUUUAAGUGUUGCUAGAGAAUGUAAUGUCACUUUAAGAUGGCUAUUUUUACAUACUGUUCCAUUAUCACCAGCUGUGGAACAAAAUAAAAAAUGCAGACAAUUAAGAGAUCAAGUUCUGAAUGACAGUCAUUAUCAACCCCUUCAAGUAUUUCAGCUCUUGUUAUAUACAGCCCAGUUUGAAUUGAAGUUGAAAGAGCUGUUCAAGCAAUUAUUAUCUGAGAAACAUGAAAAAUGGGCAAAAUAUAAACUAGAGAGCACUGAAAGAAUGAGUGAAUUAGGUGAUGUGUUUUCUGGAACAAAGCCUUUAACAAGAGUUGAAAAAAAUGAAAACUUACAAGCUUGGUUUAAAGAUAUGACAAAACAAAUUGAAUCAUUAAAUUAUGAUGAUGCCACUGCUACUGGUAGAAAAAUAGUUCAAUUAAUUCAAGCUCUUGAAGAGGUUCAGGAAUUUCAUCAAUUGGAAAGCAAUUUACAAGUGAAACAGUUUUUAAUGGAAACAAGAAAAUUUCUACAUCAAAUGUUACGAACUAUUAACAUAAAAGAAGAAGUUUUAAUCACACUUGAAAUGGUAGCUGAUCUCUCAUAUGCCUGGGAAAUUAUUGACAGUUAUACUACUUUUAUGCAACAAGGAAUAAAAAAAGAUCCCACUUUAGCUAUAAAAUUACGAGCCACUUUCUUAAAGCUAGCAUCUGCUUUAGAUCUUCCUUUACUUCGUAUAAACCAAGCUGCUAGUCCAGAUUUAUUAUCUGUAUCACAAUAUUACUCAGGUGAACUGGUAUCUUAUGUUCGUAAAGUCUUGCAUAUUAUUCCUGAAACAAUGUUUGGACUUAUGGCUCAAAUAAUUGAUUUACAAACAAAUGUAAUCAAAGAAGUUCCCACUAGGCUUAUGAAGGAUCAGUUAAAAGCAUAUGCACAACUUGAUGAACGUUAUAAGGUGGCUAAACUUACUCAUGCAAUAUCUGUGUUCACUGAAGGCAUUCUUAUGAUGAAACGAACUUUAGUUGGUAUUAUUCAAAUUGACCCUAAGCAGUUAUUAGAAGAUGGCAUUCGGAAAGAAUUGGUACGAAAGGUUGCAGUUGCUUUGCAUGAGGGUUUGGUUUUCAAUCCUAAAGCAAAGUCAAGUGAAUUAGUCCCAAAACUCGAAGCUAUUGGUCAAAAAAUGGAUGGUUUUAGAAGGUCUUUUGAAUAUAUUCAGGAUUAUGUGAGCAUUUAUGGAUUAAAAAUCUGGCAAGAAGAAAUGUCUCGAAUCAUCAAUUAUAAUGUUGAACAAGAAUGUAAUGCUUUUCUUAGGCAUAAGGUCCAAGAUUGGCAAAGCAUUUAUCAAUCACGAACUAUUCCUAUUCCCUCUUUUGCUCCAUUAGACAAUUUAUCGGUGAAUUUUAUUGGACGUUUAGCUCGAGAAGUUCUUAGAAUUAGUGAUCCUAGAAUAACUGUAUAUAUUGAUCAAACAACAACUUGGUAUGACUUGAAAACACAUAAUGAAAUAGUGACUUUGAAAUUGUUUUCACUAAUUCAGAAAAGCAUUGGCACUCCAGGAUUGACUGGUCUAGACAGAUUGUUAUCAUUUAUGAUUGUUACAGAACUUCAAAGUCUUCUUCGUGUGUAUGAAAGAAUGAUUUUAGCUGAUAAAUCAUGGCAAGAAGUUUUUAAAAGUCUUCAUCCAGUUUUAGAACCUACAACUAAAUUAAUAAUUCAACCACCUCGUGUAUAUGGAGCAGCUAUUUCAAAAGCUGGAAAAUAUAAUGUCUUUUUAGAAAGUUUAAUGAAGGUUGGACAAAUGCAACUUCUCAGGCGACGUAUUGCAUAUGAGCUAAAUACUUCUUGUAAAUUUGAUUCUAAACAUUUAGCAUGUGCCUUAGAAGGAAUCAAUGAUGCAUUGAUUGCAGACAUUGAACUUCAUUACAAAGAUCCCAGCAAACCAUAUCCAAAGGAAACAAACCCGUUAUUGUAUGAAUUAUCUUCAUAUUUAGAAUGGGCUGGAAUUUUCAAUCCACUUGCAAAAAUCUACAUUACUACUAGACCUCUGCCUCACUUAACACUAUUUUUGUUUUUAUUUACUACUUCCCAAAUGGCAAAACUAAAUUAUGAGAAAAAUAUUGAUGCUCUUAUUAGUCGAAGAAUUACAGAGGGCAUAGAUGGAUUACCAUUCCUUAUUGGAACUUUAACCUUCUUGCAUCAGUUUCAUCAAGAACACAAAAACAUGUUCUUAGCUUUCAUGGGUCAAUACGUCCGAUCAGUUAUGGACUGUUUAAAGGAUAGUAAUAAAAAUGAUAUACCAACUGAAAUGGUUAAUUCUUUAGUAUAUCUUGAGGAAUUUGCUAAAUAUGGCCAAUUACCAAGAAAGGUUAUUACAAAUCACAUUCCAGACCUGGUGAUUGAUGAAAUAAGAGGACAAGGAAAUUGAUUUUAACUUGUAUAUAUCAAAUAUUCCAACAUUUAUAAAUCAGAUAGAAUUUAAUGAAGCUGGGCUUUUUGUAAAAUUGUUUAUUUUUGUUGCAAUUCAAUAAAUUCUUAAAUUUGUUUAUUAA